AUGGGCUACCACCACCACCCCGCCAACUUUCACCUUCAACCCGCCGCGCCAUCCACGCCCCACACUCCGCCCGGCCUACCUGCCUAUCUCCUAAGGUUCAUUCUUGAGCCAGCUCCAAGACCUGUUUUCAAGUCUGGCAAGAAGAGAAGUACAAGCUGUAUCAGCAACUCUCAAUUCGAGGACUCUGGUGUUUUCGCCAUCACCAUUCGCCCCCGACGCCACCCAUCAUCUCGCUUCCAUCCACGCCCCCGCCCCCCGCCCGGCCUACCUCUCAAACUCCAGAGGCACAACGCCCUUGUGAUGUGCUACCACCACCACCCCACCAACUUCCACCUUCAACCCGCCGCUCCAUCCACGCCCCGCCCUCCGCCCGGCCUACCUGCCUAUCUCCCAAGGAUCAUUCUUGAGCCAGCACCAAGACAUGUUUUCAAGCCUGGCAACAAGAGAAGUACAAGCUGUAUCAACAUCUCUCAAUUCGAGGACUCUGGAGUUCGCCAUCACCAUUCGCCCCCGACGCCAUCCAUCAUCUCGCUUCCAUCCUCGCCCCGCCCCCCGCCCGGCCUACCUCUUAAACUCCAGAGGCACAACUCCCUUGUGGUCCAACCAACUCUGAUCAAGCAAGGACACAAGAUUGAGCGAGCAAUUGCUGCUCACGAAGCUCUACUACCGAUCAUUCUUGAGCCAGCACCAAGACAUGUUUUCAAGCCUGGCAAGAAGAGAAGUACAAGCUGUAUCAACAUCUCUCAAUUCGAGGACUCUGGAGUUCGCCAUCACCAUUCGCCCCCGACGCCAUCCAUCAUAUCGCUUCCAUCCACGUCCCCGCCCCCCGCCCGGCCUACCUCUCAAACUCCAGAGGCAAGCUUAUUCAAGAUCAUCACGGCCCACGACCAAUGCUGCUGUACAUCGCUGAAGAUCCGCCACCGCCACCAUCCGCCAUCAACACCAACCAAUUUUCAACUCGCCUCCAUCAACCAACCACCUCUCGCCCAGCGUACCGGGCGAUCUUCAGAGAUCAUCAUGAUCAUCAUGUUAAACGGAUUUCCAACGCUUCAACGCUUCAAGCUUCAACGGGCUUCUGAACCUGCUCUUGAAACUCAAAAGCUUCAUCCUUCAGCUAGCAACAACGAGCAUCAAGGCCUUGAGUUCCGACUUCGGCUUUUGAAGCCUUCAACCCGCGAUCUUCAACCCGUGAUCUUCAACGACCUUCAACAGGCGGAUCAUCACCCUAAGAGGCGUAUCUACACUUCAAGAGGCGGAUCAACAGCUCAAACGCAGAUUGAAGGCGGAUCAGCCCCUUGGCGCGCCGAUCAGCCCCUUAGUGCGGAUCAACUCCUUGGCGCGCGGGUCAACUCCUUGGCGCGCGGAUCAACUCCUUGGCGCGCGGAUCAACUCCUUGGCGCGCGGGUCAACUCCUUGGCGCGCGGGUCAACUCCUUGGCGCGCGGGUCAACUCCUUGGCGCGCGGGUCAACUCCUUGGCGCGCGGGUCAACUCCUUGGCGCGCGGGUCAACUCCUUGGCGUGCGGAUCAACUCCUUGGCGUGCGGAUCAACUCCUUGGCGCGCGGAUCAACUCCUUGGCGCGCGGAUCAACUCCUUGGCGCGCGGGUCAACUCCUUGGCGUGCGGGUCAACUCCUUGGCGUGCCGGUCAACUCCUUGGCGUGCCGGUCAACUUUUUGGCGUGCGGGUCAACUCCUUGGCGUGCGGGUCAACUCCUUGGCGUGCGGGUUAAUCCUUAAGGCCUUCAACUGCAGCACCAGUUUCAAGGCCUGCAACUGCAGCAGCAGCUUCAAGAUCAAAGGCGGAUCAGCCCCUUGGUGCGGGUCAACUCCUUGGCGCGCAGAUCAACUCCUUGGCGCGCAGAUCACCUCCUUGGCGCGCGGAUCAACUCCUUGGCGCGCGGAUCAACUCCUUGGCGCGCGGAUCAACUCCUUCACACACGGAUCAACUCCUUGGCGUGCGGGUCAACGCCUUGGCAUGCGGGUCAACUCCUUUGUCUCCACGGCAGCAGCAGUUUCAAGGUCUUCAACUGCAGCAGCAGUUUUAAGAUGGCGUGCGGAUCAACUCCUUGGCGCGCGGGUCAAUUCCUUGGCGCGCGGGUCAAUUCCUUGGCGCGCGGGUCAAUUCCUUGGCGCGCGGGUCAACUCAUUGGCGCGCGGGUCAACUCCUUGGCGCGCGGGUCAACUCCUUGGCGCGCGGAUCAACUCCUUGGCGCGCGGAUCAACUCCUUGGCAUGCGGAUCAACUCCUUGGCGCGCGGAUCAACUCCUUGGCGCGCGGGUCAACUUUUGGCGCGCGGGUCAACUCCUUGGCGUGCGGAUCAAUUCCUUUGUCUCCACGGCAGCAGCAGUUUCAAGGCCUUCAACUGCAGCAGCAGUUUUAA